CAGUUGGCCUUAUAGUUUAUAUCGUAUAUGCUACCCUGCCUAGCCAGAUGCGUCUAGACAUAGGUUUAAAUGAGACCUGGUAUCUACGCCGCGUCGAUUGGCAAGCGAUGCCUUCGUUUGGACAAGAAUAUCUCGACUUACCGGUCAAAAACGUCUUAAUCGGACAUACAGGCGGCUACUAUUGUAAUAAUAGAUUUUGCUGCACUAAACAGAUGAUAAUAUUGCAGGAGGAACAUUCGUGGCAAUCUUGGAAUGACAUCAAACCUAAUUUUCUCGUCGGUGGCAAUGGGGAUGUCUUUGAGGGCAGAGGUGCCAAUGUGCUUGGAGCAAUGGUCAAAGAUUAUGACCGAAGAAGUAUAUCGAUCAUGUUCAUGGGGAAUUACGCAGUAGAUCCAACCGAUCAGUUGCAGUUCAACCAUACACAAAUCUUAGUUAACAGAUUGGUAGAAAUAGGUGUUCUACGAACUGAUUACGUUCUUCGAGGACAGUGUCAAGUCGAUCCGCUAACUAAUAGUCCUGGGCCCAACGUUAUGGGUGGAUUAAGCUUUUUUACUCAUUGGGAUCCCGAAGAUCAAUACGGCUGUGUUCCGCGAAGCCCAAUUUGGAAAUUUCCUGGAAUGACCGAAAAACUUGAUGCCACUUUAAAAAAUUCAUUAGAAAAGAUUCUAAAUUUAUCUUUCGAUGAAAAUUCAUGGACGCAAGCUACUUUCCCAAUUAGGGAUGGUGGCAUCGGCUCUUUGAGCUAUCGCCAACCAAGCAACAUAAUCAGGAGUGAAAAGUUGAAUAUGGAAAAAAUCGAAUAUCGUGCCGUUAUAAAGUUCCUUACCAAGCAAGGAAAAUCAGUUGCGACCAUAAUGGAUGAGAUGUCAUCGGUUUACGGUGACUCUUGUCCAGGAAAAACCAUGGUGCACAAGUGGCACAGUUUGUUUAAAACGGGAAGGGAAUCCCUUGAAGACGACCCGAGGCCGGGCAGGAGCAUCGAGGUGACUACGCCAGAACUUAUCCAAAAAGUCGAAAAACUUGUACUCAACGAUGCUCGAGUCAGCGCAAGAUGGGUACCGAGAAUGCUCACGCCGCCGCAAAAACAACAACACGUAGAGUGUUCACGUGCAUUUUUGGACCUCUGCAAUCAAGACAAGGAUGGUGUAUUGAGUCAAAUUGUUACUGGAAACAAAACUUGGGUUCAUCAUUAUGAACCUGAGUCAAAACAAGACUCUAUGCAGUGGCAUAAAAAGGGCACAGCACCCCCCAAGAAGUUUAAGGUGUCACAGUCAGCCGGGAAACUCAUGGCAACGGUCUUUUGGGACUCAGAAGGAAUAUUAUUGAUCGAUUAUAAAGAUAAAGGUGUUUCUAUAACCGGAGAAUACUACGCUUCAAUCUUAGAGCGAUUAAAAGAAGCCAUUAAACAGAAAAGACGGAGAAAAUUGACGAAAGGUGUGCUGCUUUUGCACGACAAUGCGCCCGUCCACAAGAGCCGCGUUGCGUUGGCUGCUCUGCUUAAAGUGGGCUUCGAUAUUUUGAACCACCCACCCUACAGCCCAGACCUAGCCCCGAGUGAUUAUUACCUCUUUCCAAAAAUGAAAAAAGAGCUGCGGGAAUUGCCACUACCGAUGUACCUCUGGAACAUUGUGAAGAAUAGUUCGCGAACUGAAAGACUGUCGUGCGCCUUGGCUCUGCUUGUAUUAAUUACGUGUAUAGCUCUCAUCGUAUAUUUCACCGUGCAGAGUUCAGAACCUAUUGGCCCGGAGGAUAUACCUCCAGAUGAGUGGAACAUAACCCGUGAGAUGUGGCUUGCUCAGACCUACGACUAUCACACUUUUAUAAGGCAAGAGUUUCGUCCUACGAUGCUGAUUAUCAUCCAUCACACCGUUAGUCAAGAGUGUACAACCCUCGCUCAAUGCUCCGCAGAAAUCCGGAACAUACAGAGUAUGUACCUCAGGAAUUUAGGCUACGACUUACCAUACAGUUUCAUCGUCGGCAAUGAUGGUCGAGUGUACGAGGGUCGUGGAUGGAAUACAGAAGGAGCUCAUACAUUGCGAUACAAUCUCUGCGCUCAUGCAAUUGCAUACACUGGAGACUACCGAGGCGAUAAACCGAAUCAUUCCGUUGUGUCAGAAUUACAAUUAAGCAGAACGAGAUUAUUACUAAAUCAAGGUGUCCGUUUGGGUAUUUUACGUCCAGACUACCUUAUUGCCGGCGCGAGUGAUCUCGUCGACACAGCGAGCCCUGGAUCAAACCUCCUAGAUGCUUUUCGUCAAUGGAAAAAUUAUGACCAUCAACAUCGCUUCAAGGGUUUAAACUGUACACAGAUGCAAGAAAAGUUUGGCAACGUAACCCUUGUCGAUCUAUAAUAACAGAAGUGGCAUUUGAGUGUCCUCACUCAAAACGAAAAUAUACAAAAUGAUAACAAUGAUAACCAUAUAAUUACAUGACUUAAGCAAGCCCGGUCGCUAUAUUAAGCGAA